GAUAUUCUUUUUUAUUGACAUGAUGAAGAAGGAGCAGCCAUGAGAGGUUGCCAUGAGACUCGCUCUUCUUCUUCUUGUGCAGCCUGCAAAUUGCUCAAGAGAAGAUGCACUCCCACUUGUAUAUUUGCGCCUUAUUUUCGGUCUGAUGAGCCUAAGAAGUUUGCCAAAGUUCAUAAGGUUUUUGGGGCCAGUAAUGUGAGCAAGAUUCUGACUGAGGUGCCUGAGGAGCAGAGAGAGGACACUGUGAACUCUUUGGCUUAUGAGGCUGAGGCCAGGCUGAGGGACCCUGUUUAUGGCUGCAUCGGUGCCAUAGCUCUGUUGCAGACUAAAAUGGUGGAGCUUCAACAUGAUCUUGCCAUUGCCAAAGCUCGCCUUGCUCGUUAUGCUGAUUCUGAUCAUAAUUAUAACUCCUUUUCUUCUUCUUCUUCUUCUUCUUCUUCUUCUUCUUCUUCUCCUUCUUCUUCUUCUUUGGGUGUUUUGGAAAAUUGUGUUGUUAAUAUGCCUUAUGGUGGAUUGAGCAUCGCUGCAGGGCAGAGCUCUUCCGCAAUCACCCAAUAUGGAUAUUUAUGUGACUUCACCCACUUUCCUUAUCCAUUUAAAGCUUGAAACUUUGAGCUCUGUCUCUCUGUCUCUCUGUCUCUAUCAUCACAACUUGAUUGUAGUUGAGAAUUUCUUGUUAUGAUAUUCGAUUGUACGAGCAUAUAAGUAGAGUAAGCAGUUCAUGAUAUGGUUAUAAUUCUCAUAAAAAGGAGAAAGAAGCAUUCAUGAAGGGCAUCCAUGGGAUGGGAUGGGAUGGGAUGGAAUUGCUGGUUGCAGGUUCAAUGGAAGAGGAGCUUUGAAAUUGUAAAAGAUUGGGACUCGUGGUCGUGGUCUGAAACUAUCAUGAUUGGGCCAAGAAAAAUGAGACUGGGCCCGAAAACCUGUUGGGCCCUCCAAGCCCAGAUCUUAUCUUCUCAGUUCCCAUUCAUUGAACCGGACAAGAUUGAUUUGAAAGGAAAACAAAGAAUUAAGAUAAGCACAUUAACUAGGAUCGACAACAAUACAAGAUAAGCACUUUCGUUACCGCGAUUCGUGAGCCCCGUAAGCGCCCCCGCAAGAGCCUCCGUACUUCCUCCACCGCUGAAGACGCCGCCCAUGCCUACGGACCGUGCCGCCACCAUCCUCUACAGUUACCGAGCACAACUCAGUCUUCUCCUUCUCCUCCAUGGCCUCCUCUCUCCCCGUUGUGCCCUCUCCGCAAUCCUCUUCCUCUUCUAAUUAUUAAGUAUUGUUUUCUUAGACAUAAAAAUUUAGUGUAACCAAUUUAAAACAUAAUACUAAAUUAAAUUAACAAAAAUACGUAUAUUUUAGUUUUUAAAAAAUAAUUUAAAUUACAAAAUUCGGUUUCUAGGCAUGUAUUUUGUAGUAUUGGGCCAUUUCGAUGAGUUACAAGGCCCAAAAACGGCCCGAAGUGGCCCAUUAAAAUUCAACUUUAAAUUAGGGUUUUGUUCAUGUGUAUAUAAAUCCGAAGCCGUAGCAUCCAGAACGUAGUCGAUCCUGUCACUCGCCUCGUUUGCGGGACCAGUGUUGUUUCUUGGCUGAUCGGUUAGCAGGUCUUCAACAUGAGGGCUAAGUGGAAGAAGAAGAGAAUGAGGAGAUUGAAGAGGAAGCGUCGAAAGAUGAGGCAAAGAUCUAAGUAGUUUGUGUCUGUUUUAAAUAAAAAGAGAAUCGUUCUUUUAGUCGUUACUGAUAUAGGACGAGUAAUAGUUGAAUUCUUGUGUUUCUGUUGGAUUUUUAUCGAGUUUUUUUUUUAUAGUUUCAAUGUGCAAUUUUGUUCGACUUAAUCACUCUGAGAUCUACAUUAUUGAAUUCACUGUCUGGAGUUUUUUAAA